AUGAAUACAAAACAUUGUGUUUAUAGAAACUGUGGAAAUUCAAGUGCAUUCUCUCCAAAAAUUACGUUUUUUGGUUUUCCGUUGAAAGAUGUGGAAAAAUGUCAGCAUUGGGUACGGAUGGCCGGUUGUGGGGACAUAAACUUGAAAAAUAGGUACCUUUGUGAAGAGCAUUUCAGUACAAUUUACAUAAGCAAAACACCCAGACGUACGGUUCUCCUGCCGAAUGCCCUGCCGUAUAGGUACGACGAAAAUAUUAACAAGAACGAGAAUGAGAACUAUGAGGAAGAAUACAAUUCGGAAAAGAACACAUCACGCGACGACAUAUUGUUGGAUCCAAUAAAUGACGAAAAUGAUAUCAUUUACAGCGAAACGAUUGAAAUGAUGCGCCAGAAUGAGGAUGGGACCGAAGAAAAUGUUGAAACAUUGGAAGAACCUUUGAUCGAAGAAGAAAUGCAAAAUAUCAAUUCAAAAGUCAAAAUGGAUCCACAUAAAAUGGUGAAGUUUGUUAAAAAAACUUACGAUAGCCCAAUUGGAGCUCGAGUGAAAAAGGUUGAACAAAUCACAUCGGAUCGUGUGAGUUUGGUGUCCAGUGAAUUCGUGAAUCAUGUAACAAAACGACAAAAAUUACACACAUCAGCCGACAACAUAAUUGUAUCAAAUCAAACUGUCGACACGGAGAAAAUGGAGAAAAGUGCCAUGGAUGAAGAGGAGAAGAGCAUAGAUAAAUUAGAUAACACCGUGGACAACCCAGAUAUAACAACAUUUAUUUACAAAGGCGAAGAAUAUAUUCAAAUGCCAAAACGAAUCUACUUGCAGCAGCGCGCUAAAUUGGAUGCCGAUGUGAAUCAAUUCCGAAAGUAUCGAAGUAUUCUCCAAGAUAUCAAAAGCCUAGUGAAUUCAACUGAUUAGAGAUGAUUUACAUCCUAUUAUUUUUUUUUUCUGACAAAAUUCAAUAAACAUCCAUCCUCUUGAUUUCUCAGAUGUAAA